AUGCCUCAGGGAAGCCUCCGUACAUCCUUUGUAGGCGCCUUACAAGCCUGCGUCUCCGUCGUCCUCACUCUGGGCUACGGAGUGCUCACCCGCCACUUCGGCCUCAUCCAAACGAGCUCCAUCCACGAUGUAUCUGGGCUAGGUGUGAAAGUCUUCCUACCAGCCCUGAUCCUCGUGCAUCUCGGCGAGCAGCUCAAAUUGGACAAUGCGAUGAACUAUCUGCCCGUGUUGGUCUGGGCUAUCGUCUACACAUCCUUUUCGAUUCUACUGGGUCACCUCGCUUCGAGGCUCCUUAAGCUCCCCCGCUGGGUCAUUCCUGCUUGCGCUUUCAAUAAUACGACAUCGCUCCCAUUGCUGCUAUUGCAGUCGCUCGAGAGCGUUGGUAGUCUAAAGAUGAUUGUUCAAGACGGCGACUCAGUAACCAACGCCAUAGCUCGUGCACAGAGCUACUUCCUCCUCUGCGGCGUCAUCAGCAAGACAAUUGGGUACGCCGUCGGACCGACGAUGCUCACGCACGCCGACGAGGACGGCGAAGACGAUGAUCACGACCAAGAACGAGACCACGAUGCCGAAGGAAACGCCGCGGAUACAGAAGCCCAAAAUGGCCAUGCUGAGGCAGACGAAGAAAUGCCACUCCUGCGCGGACGAUCAAGCAAGGCCAACGACGACCUUUCAACAAAGCUCAAGCGCUGGGCUAAGAAAGUGGUCUUCGUCUUCCCGAAACGCAUCAAGCAGAAUGUUCUCACGCCCUUUGAUACACCCCUCGCCGACGUGGCGAUUGUCUGCACGCUUGUUGGGGCAGUCCUCGGCCUCGUCCCACAGCUGCACAAGGCGUUCUUUAACAGCUAUGAAGAGGGCGGGAUCUUCAACGCGUGGUUGACCUCGAGUAUCAAGAAUACCGGAAAGCUGUUCACAACACUACAGAUCUUUAUUGUGGGCUGUGAGCUAGGUGUUAGUUUCGAGAAGAUCCAGGGCGGAAGCAGGGAGGGUGGCAGGGAUAGUAAUCCCGGUUGGAAAGCGAUUUUGACGAUUUUUUUGGUGAGAUUGGUUAUUUGGCCUGCGUUGAGUAUCGCAAUCAUAUACGGCCUCGCAAAGAACACUUCUGUGCUCAGAUCAGAUCCCGUGCUGUGGUUCAGUAUGAUGCUAAUGCCUGCGGGACCUCCUGCCCUGGUGAUUCAGGGUCUGGCAGAGCUGGCGAAGGUCUCUGAGACGCAGAAGAUGACCAUCGCGAAGACUUUGACGAUCAUGUACAUGCUCUCGCCCUGUAUAUCAUUUACGAUCACGGGUGCAUUGGAGGCGUCGAAGGCUGCGUUGCAGAGCAAGUAG